AUGAAUACGCUUUUUACUACUAUCACCAAAACCGCCCCCAUCAUCCUUAUCUAUAUUUUCACUCACACUGUUGUUAUAUUGGUUAAAAACAUGGAACUAAAAAUCGGAGCCGGAUUAUUACCUGCUAGCCGUUUCUGGGCACUUCCAGUAAUUUUCUUGGUUAUUUUCUUAUUUAACUUUUUCUCGGUCAAUGUCGGAGGUGCCUUUUUCAAAAUUAUGGCUAAGCACUUGAAAAGCCUUUCGACCAAUACCUUGGCUUACAGUGUAACGGUCGGGUUUAUGGCUCGCUUUUUAGCCUAUGGUGUUUCGCCUCUUUCCGGAAAUCUCCAAAUGAGCUUAACCGCCACUAAAUUAUCCUAUAAGGACUAUAUAAAAAAGACAUGA